GUAAUUACUUUGUAGUAGUAGUGCUUAGUCCCCGUUCUCCGGUAGUAAGUAAUAUAUAUUCUGCGGAUCUGCAUCAUGUUCCAAUUGGUAUCAUCAUGUCCAAGAGUUACUAUUACUAAUAAUCCUUCAACUUCAAUUGAUGUACUAGUACUAAGUAGCCUAGUGUCUUGUACCACCACCCUGAUAACAUACCUUUACAUAGUUGAGGCCUAUAAUAGUACACAAACUUGUAAUUGUAUUAUCUGUAACCCCCGGUAGAAUUGAACCAAACCGCGGAACUUUCACUUUGCAGGCCUUGUAUGCAUUUAUGUAUCAAGGGCAGUGAGAUCU